AUGUUGCAUACAGGAAAUAGUGUGGUUCGACCUGCUUUUUGGUGGUAUUUUAUAACCCGACGAUAUUGUGCUAAUCUACCUGUAAUCCGACUUCCCUGUCGUGCUCAAUUACAGUUUGAUAAUUUAAGAAAGCAACCAUUGGCACCAUCUGUAUUACCUUCCCGAACAGGGAAGCUUCUCAUCCUUAGCAGAAGGAAGGAACUGAACCAGUAUGCUGCAGAGACCAUCGGGCGGUGGGAGAAUGUUCCAUUGGUGAGUCACGGAUGGAAGAAAAAUGCAUCAUGCGGCGAUCACUUUACCAUUUUGCAGCAACAACAACAGCAUGGAGCAAGAACUGACACCUCCUACAACUUUCAAUCUUUAGGAUUGUCUGAGGAGCUGGUAUCACUACUUGACGCCAUAGGCAUUACCAGCCCUACGUGGGUGCAGAUGAAGUUAAUACGUAAUCUUCUUCAAGGAAAUAAUAUUCUCUGUACAGCUGAGACGGGCAGUGGCAAAACUCUUGGGUACCUUUUGCCCAUUUUGCAUGGACUCCGAAGUUCCAAACUCUCAGCUUCUUUGUCACAACCUCGCAGCUUAGUUUUGGUGCCAUCAAGGGAGCUUGCUGCUCAGAUUGUGUCAGUAGCUCAAAACUUUUGUGCAAAGUUAAAAUUGAACAUACAGUUUGUUGGGGGUGGAGUCGGCCAAGCACUAGUUGAAACCAAACUGAGUAGGACUCCGAUAGAUAUUUUGGUAGCUACCCCUGGGGCACUCUGGAAAGCUUUGCAGAAAGAUCUUAUUAAUCUGACCAGUCUUUGUUAUGUGGUACUUGAUGAAGCAGAUACCCUGACUGAUAGUACAUUUUCGAAACUGGCUGGUGAUAUUCUUAAGAACAUUAAGAUAGCUUCCAGUCCAAGUGACAUACAGGGUUCUGAAAAAAUGGCUCAGCUUGCUGUUAUUGGUGCCACCUUUCCUAGUGGCAUUGGUCAGGUGCUUGGUAAAAUUACAGGUCUAGGAAUUAUCACCACAAUUAAAAGCAGCAAGUUGCACUUCCCCCAGUUGCAUGUCCAGCAGACUUUUCUGAGAGUUAAAGGGGCAGAAAAAGUUUCUGAACUACUUACACUGUUGAAGGAGCAACAAGUUAGGAAUCCUGGGACUGCGGUGUUUGUUUUCUGCAACAAUUCUAGUACUGUGAAUUGGCUGAGUUACAUCCUCGAGGAACAUGGCAUAAAGCACUACAGACUACAUGGGCAAAUGCCAGCCAGAAUGCGAAUGGACAUCUAUAAAUCCUUUCAGAAUGGACAAAAUGAAGUGCUGGUUUGCACAGACAUAGCCUCCCGGGGCCUUGACAUUUCUAGAGUGAAAGCUGUAGUGAAUUAUGACUUUCCUUUUACUCUUCAAGACUACUUGCAUAGAGUGGGCAGAGUGGGGCGUGUGGGUAGUGGGGGACCCUGGACUGCUGUUAGCUUUGUUACACAUGCUUGGGAUGUGGAACUGGUGCAGAAAAUUGAAACCGCAGUUCGUAAACAUAUCAUGCUUCCUUGCAUCACUAAAAAGGAUCUUCUACAAAAAAACUUGUAAAAUGAAACUAUUGAGGAUACAGUUAAUAAUUUUUCUUUUCAUUAUGUGUGUUAAAGGAAAAUACAUUAAAUACAAAAUAUUCAUGUUUGCAUUAAAGGCAGCAUUUUGCAUAA